AUGACAAUUAGAACAGCCCGUCCAGACCGGAUUCAACAUUUCCGGCCUUAUGCACACUGCCUCAAAAAGGUGGAGGCCAUUGUGGUGGAGAUGCAGGACCCAAAAAGUGGUGUCAAGGGCUCGGAGCAGAAACUCAACGUCACCACUAUUCCACAUGUCAUCUCUGGCAAGGAUGUCAUUGCAUGGAUUGCCAACAAGUUGAAGAACACUGUAGAAGAGGCUCAGGCUUUUGGCACCAUGUUGGUUGCUUAUGGCUACAUCUACCCCCUGCAGAAUCAUAAGAAGCUGGUCAUGUGCAAUGAUGCAAGCCUUUACCGGUUCCAGACCCCGUACUUCUGGCCUACACAGAAAUGGUUUGCAGAGGACAGUGACUAUGCAAUUUACCUGGCUAAGAGGAACAUCCGGAAGAAAGGCAUGCUGGAGCCUUAUGAACAGGCGCAUUACAAUCGCCUCCACGAAUGGCUGAACCACAAGUGGGACUUUAUCGUGAUGCAAGCCACUGAGCAGUACAAGGCAGGUAGGGAGAGAAAGAAGCCAGAUCGUGUGGUGUUUGACUGCCAGGAGAGGGCUUAUUGGAUAGUGAACAGGCCACCGCGUCGCACUCACAGUGCUAUGGAUGUUGGCCCAGAGCGCCUCAUUGAUCCCAACCAGGAUGAGAAAAUCAGCUUUGACCAGUACAGACGCAUGAACAUGUUCUAUCAACAAGCCAUCAUGAGGUCAAAGGUCAAAUCCAGUGUGUCCCUUGGAGCACUGGUCAAGUUUAUCACAACCUACAAAAACCAUGACCCAUUCCUGGCUCCUUGUUUACCCAGCAACCCCUGGCAAACUGACAAUGACACGUACUGGAAUCUCAACAUGAGAAGAGUUGAUGUCCCCACCAAGAUGCGUGUGGAGCGCUGGUCCUUCAGCUUCUUUGAACUUCUGAGUGACCUGAGAGGCCGAGAUGACUUCAAGAUCUUCCUCAAGAAGGAGUUUAGUGGGGAAAACUUGGCUUUUUGGGAGGCAGCUGAAGAGAUGAAGCUAGGCACUGCAUCUUCCAUGACAGCAAAAGCUGAGACAAUCUUCAAGACCUUUCUGGCCCCUGGUGCUCCGCGCUGGAUCAACAUCGAUGGCAGGACAAUGGGUUUGACAGUAAAAGGCUUGGAGCAUCCGCACCGCUAUGUGCUGGAAGCAGCCCAGACACACGUCUUUCUGCUCAUGAAGAAGGAUACUUUCUUCCGGUAUCUCAAAUCACCAGUGUACAAAGAAAUCCAGAAGAAAGCACUGAACCCUGAGCCUCAUAACUUCAGCCCAGCACAGCUGGAGCAAAAUGCUCAGAACCGAAGUGCAGGCAUCCAUCCAAUCAUUCUCUGGAAGCAGGAGGAGGAGGAAAAGGCCAAAGCUGCUGCUGCUGCUGCUCCUGUUGAUGUCAAGGCUAUGAUGAGCAAAAUAGACAGAAAGAAGUAG